GGGUGCGGUUGUUCCGCGAGUCAGGGAAAAGUGCGUCGGUUAAGUUUCACGAGAAAGUUUUUCCGCGGUUAUAAAGUGUACGAAGUGAACCAGCGUGGGAGAAAAGGUUAUCAUUGCUGCGAUCGUUUCGAUCAUACGUUUCGUCGUCUUGUCGAUUCUCAUUGGCAUCCUAGAGAUCGGAGAAACGAUUUGGAGCGCGUUUACGACUGGAAAAGUUACGAUCGCAACGUUUCUCAUUUACGAAGGACUAAUCUCGACGCUUAAGCGAGACCGUCCUACAACGAAUUCGAAAAUUCUGAAACAAAAGAAAGGUGGCUAUCCAACAGUAUAUUGGAGCAGUUGUUCGUGUUAAACCAUUGUCGAUAUUCGCAAAAAGAUUAUCAAGAAACGCUCGAUAUUUGUCUUCGCGCUGGAGCGUCGACGAACGAAUACUAAACGCGAUCGUGCGACGUGGCGGCGACGCCAUUUUGUGAAGACUCCUGUGUGCGUCCCGCGAGCAACAACGGCCUCUUUCGAGCCGUGACCUCUCGAAUCACGGAAAGAAUAGUGUUUUCUUUCGGUCGCGCCGGCUCUCGACUGUAUCGCGAGAGAAAAGGACGGAAGAAGACGAGUGUUGUAACGUUGACGAAAUUUUAUCAUAGACCAUUCGUCCUGGGUCGCAUCGCAUAGCAACCAUGAGACUGGAAAUUGUGUCAGCGGCAGAUUUUUUGGUGCAUCUACUGCGUCUUCAGACUGGUCAACUGUCUGAGCGCCAGCUGGAGAUGUUCAAGUCCUCUUUAACAGAGGUUUUGCGUCAUCGUUACAGGGAUCACUGGUUCCCGGAUCGUCCAAAUCGUGGCUCCGGUUACCGUUGCAUACGUAUCAACGGCAAAAUGGAUCCGGUAAUUGCACAGGCAGGUGCAAACGUCGGGUUAUUACCAACAGUAUUGCAUAGCCUGUUCCCCAGCGAACUCACUAUGUGGAUCGACCCGUCGGAAGUAUCUUACAGAAUCGGUGAAAACGGAUCCAUCUGUGUUCUAUACGAACGCACGGAGCCCGAACCCGAAGUCCCAUCAACAUCAACAUCAGCACCAGCAUCAACAUCAGCAUCAGCAUCAGCACCAACAUCAGCACCAACAUCAGCAUCAGCACCAGCACCAGCACCAUCAUCAGCAGCAGCAGCGCAACAGCAACAGCAGUUCGAGAGUUGCAAAGACUCGUUGUUGCUGGAGCACUCGCAGUUCAGCGAGCAGAUCGCCGCGUUCGUUUCCAGUUGAAGCGUUUUUCCACACGGGUUCAUCGAUGCGACGGCGCUAGCGUCUCGCGUCAUUUCCAUUGGACGUGCAUCACGCUCUCGGACUGAUCAAAGCACAUGCGUUUCGUGAUAUGUGAUCGCGUUCCUCUGGUCGGGUGAAUAUUUGACUCUCGUGCACUCGAACGCGCAAUUCCACUCCGUACGAGUCGAGUUUCUACAAAAAUUUAGUGCAACGGGCUCUUUCGUGCGCAUCGUUAUGAAAAUGGACAUGAAAUGUGUAAAAAAAAAAGUGUACAACAGUUUUUUUUUUUGGCUAAAUCUGGUUCACCGAAGAAAUUCGUCCAAUACGAUAUCGUCCGACGGGGCUUGACCGGUUUUACCGACGGGUCCUGAUAGGUCGCAACGAUCGUAACCACGAUUGACUCUAGUCCAACCAUAUAUAUGCGAGUCAUCCUGAAUUUUCGUCAACCGUACGAAAGAGAGGGGGUACUCAUGUUAAGAAGUCACCAUCGUCGUUUGAAUAUUCGAGGAGAAUACUGCGCGUUCGCGUAACGACAUGUACCUUGACCAGCGGUUCUCUUGCGUCCUGGCGUGUCUCGCGAGAAGAUCCAGCUCUUUUCAGGUCUUUCCGUCGGAAAGAUUCUAACGGCUGGCGAGUCCGCGCCUGCAAAAGUGAGAAAAAAAAUAUGGGCGAGCUCUGUGAGGAUCCCUCUCAGCCCGACAAAUUGAUCUCAGCUCUCCUCCCGCGUACUUCCGUUUAUCCUGAAAAGAAGCUACGCCCGGAGUGGGGAACAACGAACCAGUCUGACCCUCUCCUAUGUUCUCGUGAGAGGAAAAGCGAAAUAAAGCCUCUCUCCCUCGAGAAGGAUUCAACAACGUGUUUUUACCGUCGCAAAUCUCUUUUCUUCCACGAACGUCUCUUAUGUAUCAAUCUAAUUGAUUAUUCUGAACCCUCUCGUGUUCCGAUGUUCUUGGUAUGCUCUCCCUCUCCUGACGAAGAACGAACAUCGAGGACGAAGAUGAAAAAGGAUAAGCUCACUCUCGAGUGAAAAAUCCACGAACAAUAUAUGCGCUGCAUUCUCUCUUCUGUCCGCAUGGUCAUCACGCUGUGGUCGUCAAGGAUUUUUUUUUCUCCCUAACCUCGCACUGUCAAUGCAAAUUACCACCGAGCCACACACAAACACCAAACACAUAUUAUUUAAAAAAAAACAGCCGAAAAAAAUAAAAAAAAAAUAAUAGUCCGAGGAAGGAAACAACAUAUACAUAUUUCUGUCACCACGUCGUCGAACAUAUAGAAGAAAUCUGUUACAAUCGACAAUUAUCGAUCUAUCAGCUUUUGAUUUUCUUCUUUAAUACGGAGCUUCUCAUACGGGACGCGUUGACGAGCAUGCUGACGACGACGACGUCAGCUUACCGUCGGCGUCAUUGGUAUCCUAGCAGUGGCCCACUUAUCGUUCUUGGAUCGUCCAUCGCCAUUGUUUCAUUGGCCGUCGGCUGUCGAGCAAUCUCGAACUCGACCCACACGUUGGCAUCGUUGACACAAUAAGAACACACGUUACACUUCAUACGUACAAACCUUUAACAAAAUGCGUGAGUUUAUAUGUACAUAUAUAUAGGUAUUAUGUAUGUAGAAAGCACAUGUACGCGCGAGCGGACGGAAACGAAGCUCGCGGGUAUAUGAUGCGUCAAAUUGUAUAUUAUCUGUUUCGCGAGCGUAGAGCAAGGGAGAACGAACGUGCGCGAGAGAGUGAGAGUGACAGAGACGAGCGUAUGGGGCGAACGAGAGUGAGAAAGAGACGAACGCUUGGUGCGUAUGAAAGCAAAGCAAACAAACAAAUAUGAAGUAAACAACUGUGAUUUUCGUCGCAUGAGGGUGGGGGGUGUGUUUCGUGCAUAUACCGAAUAAUUAUCUUUUCUGGUGUUUCGAACGUGACAGAGUGAUCGAGUCAAAUUUCGGAUGCAUGCUGGGUACGAAUGGGGAACGAGUAAAAGUGAACGUCAUCAUGUGGUUAUCUUUCGAUCCAUCGAUUUAUAUUUCGACAAUAACGCUCAUGAAUU